CCGAUGAGCCGCGCGCGGGCGGACGAGGACGAGUACUGGCACAGCUCCAAGUGCCGCGCCUUCACCUUUGACGACGACGACGACGAGCUCUGCCAGCUGAAGGAGUCUAAGCGGGCAGUAAACAGCCUCCGCGACAUCGUUGACGAUGACGACGACCUCGAGCGGGUCAGCUGGAGCGGGGAGCCCGUGGGCAGCAUUUCUUGGUCGAUCAAAGAGACAGCUUCCAGCAGCAUUAGCCCUCCUGAGGGGAGCCUACAGAAGGGCUCUUCUUCCUAUGCAGCCUUACCCAAGCAAGCCUCCUCAUACUCCUUGAGCAGCUUCUUCAAAGGCAGAAACAAACUUGGUAGUUUUCAGUCACUUUCUGAUGCCCUCUCUGAUGCAGGGGUUAAAAGCUAUGCUCCAGAGCUGCGCAGACCAAAGGCGGACUACAAGGAUUACAGCAGUGACUGGAGCCCCAAAGAUACCAUCAGACGGAUGCAGAGGGGCAAGGUCUGCUCACUAGAGAGGUUCCGCUCCCUGCAGGAAAAGUUGAUGCUCCUCGAUGAAGCAGUUGCAGUGCAUGAUGGGAAUGUCAUUACUGCAGUUCUGAUAUUCUUGAAGAGGACACUGAAGAAAGAGAUCCUCUUCCAUGAGCUGGAAGUGCGGCAGGUGGCUCUGCGCCAUCUCAUCCAUUUCCUCAGAGAAUCAGGGGAACAGAAGCUACUCCUUGACCUAUUCCGGUUCCUUGACAGAACUGAGGAGGUUGCUCUGUCCCAGUACCGGGAGCAUUUGAACAUCCAAGAUGCGGAUAAACGAAAAGAGUUUCUUAAAGGCUGCAUUGGGCUGCCGUUUUCAGCUGAAGAUGCUGCUCAUGUUCAGGACCAUUAUACACUCCUGGAGAGACAGAUCAUCAUUGAGGCGAACGACCGGCACGUGGAGUCAUCUGGGCAGUCAGAGGUAUUUCGGAAAUAUCCCCGAAAGGCCUUGAUUCUCAACAUGCCACUGGUGACCACCCUCUUCUACUCUUGCUUCUACCACUACACAGAGGCAGAGGGGACAUUCAGCAGCCCAACCAACCUGAAGAAAACCUUCAAGAUCCCAGAUAAACAGUAUGUGCUGACGGCCCUCGCUGCACGUGCCAAGCUGCGAGCCUGGCAUGAUGUAGAUGCCUUGUUUACCACCAAGAACUGGCUGGGCUACACCAAGAAGAGAGCCCCCAUUGGUUUUCAUCGGGUGGUGGAGGUCUUGCAGCGGAACAAUGCCCCCGUGCAGGUGCUGCAGGAGUAUGUGCGCCUGGUGGAGGACGUGGACAUAAGGUUGAACUUGGCCACAAAAUACAAGUGCCAUGAUGUAGUUAUCGACACAUACAGAGACCUGAAGGAUCGUAUCCAGCUGCUAGCAUACAGGUGUAAGGUGGAGCGGGGCUCUUCAGAAGAGGACAAGAUUGACAGCAUCCUCAGUAACUCACAAAUCCGAUGGAAGAACUGAGAACUGUCUGCCCACCAUCCCAAUGUGCCAUUGCCUCUGCCAGUGAGAGGGGAAAACCAGAGAGCCAGACUUGUCACCCAUGGAGCAAGCUCCGUUUCUCUUCAUUGCAUGGUUUAUAUCUUGUUGAGCAGUGCCUAGGGCUCCUGGACAAGCAGGUAUCCAGGCUGGGGCAAGGCAAACCCAACUCUCUGGCCAGUGAAAUAAGAUGCUAACAAACCAGCACUGAUGCUCCUGUAAUGGACUAAGCCCUGAAGUGGCUGUGGCUUCAGUGUACAGAGAAAAAUAGGCCAAGUGGGUGCUGCUUCUGCUUUGUACAGAAUUAGGGCUCCUUCAAGUCAGAGAAGGAGGACAGUUGCCCUUAACUAACCCUUUUAAAGGAUAGAGGUGACCAGCCCCAGUGCCACCCCAGCUGGCUUGGACUCAGGCAGUGGUGGCUGUGUCAAGAGCAAAACCCUAGGAGCCUCCGAUGUUACCCUAGGAGAAGCAGCCUUCAGGGGAACUUCUGUAGAGUGCCAAGGGAAUAACCCGACUGCCUGGGCUGCUGCACCAGCCCUUACACUCGGAGAAGCUGGGAGCUCUGGAGCUUGGGUGGAUUGUGGAAGGAAUUGCUGAUCGCUCCCUGCAGGGGCUGAGCAUGCCAACUCCAGGAAGUUCCUGGGAGCUGUUUCUUCUUCCUGGGCUUUGUUGGGAAGGUUUUUUGUUGCAUCCUCCCCAGAAAAGGAGGUUUCUCCCAGGCUUCCUGCCAGCUUCGUUUCUUCAGACCUCAUCUCUGUUCCUUAAAUAAAGCUGCAUCCUGCCUCUA